AUGGUCAAGAAAAUAGCAAUCAUCGGCGCCGGAUGCAGCGGGCUGGCUGCCAUCAAAUGCUGCCUUGAUGAGGGGCUACGACCUGUCUGCUUUGAGAGAUACGAUGACAUCGGCGGCUUAUGGAAGUAUUCGGAGCAGACGACACCAGACAAGGGAAGCAUCUACAGAAGCUGCGUCAUCAACACAAGCAAAGAAAUGAUGGCGUUCAGUGACUUUCCCGUGCCGAAGGAAUUCCCUCCGUUCAUGCCACAUCACUUUGUUUUCAAAUACUUUAAGCUGUACGCAGAACAUUUCGGUUUACUUCCCUACAUCCGUUUCCAGACGUCUGUGGAGUCCGUUAAGCCUGCUGCAGACUACCAGGACACUGGACGAUGGGAAGUUUACACCAAGGCAACAGGGGACGUGGAGGCUACCUCACAACCACAGAUAUUUGACGGGGUACUUAUUUGUACCGGACACCAUUGCCAUCCGUACAGACCAAAUUUUCCUGGUCUUAAUAAAUUCCGCGGUACACAGAUGCACUCACACGAUUACAAGCGCCCAGAAAUCUUUGAAGACAAGAAAGUUCUGGUGAUUGGUAUCGGUAACUCAGCAGUUGACAUUGCAGUAGAUACCAGCAGGCUCUCAUCACAGACGUUCGUGAGUACCAGACGUGGAGCAUGGAUUGUCAACCGCAUGGGACCUUGGGGCAUACCCGCCGACGCCCUGGCAAACAGUCGGUUUAUGUUCAGCCUUCCUCAACAAUGGCUUCAGUGGACUGUUGAGAAACUUUCGAAUUAUCGUUUCGAUCAUGACACGUACGGUGUUCAACCGCUUCACAGGGCUCUUGAAGCUCAUCCAACAAUCAACGACGAACUUCCUCAGCGAAUCAUGACAGGUUCGGUGAAGGUCAAACCAAAUGUUAAGACAUUCACAGAGGAUGGCGUCAUCUUCGAAGAUGGAACAUUCGAACAACUGGAUGCCAUCAUCCUAGCCACCGGGUACAACUACCAGUUCAAGUUCGUGGAAGAGUCGGUGUUGAAAGUGGACAAUAAUGAUGCUUCCUUGUACAAAUACACAUUCCCACCAAACCUGAAGCAUCCGACAUUAGGAGUCGUGGGGUUGGUGCAAGCUAUUGGUGCUGUGAUGCCCAUCUCAGAGAUGCAAUGCAGAUGGUUUAUGAAGGUUGUCAAAGGGGAGAGGCGGCUUCCAUCACUGGAGGAUAUGACAUUGGACAUUACCGCCAAGAAAGCAGACAUGGCUAAUCAGUACGUCAAGUCACAGAGGCAUACACUGCAGACAUUUUGGAUCGACUUCAUGGAUCAACUAGCAGACGAGAUCGGAGUGAAACCCGACCUCAGGAAAUUAUUCUGGGAAGAUCCCCUCUUCGCGAUGAGAUGUUUCUUCGGGCCAUGCAUCCCCGCCCAGUACAGGCUCCACGGACCGGGAAACUGGCAAGGAGCUCGCAGCGCCAUCUGCUCAGCCUUUUCCAAUUUUGCAUACGCGACGAAGACGCGGAAAGUUGAGACGCACGACACCACGUGGGAAAUGGUGUCCCGAUAUUUAGUCAGGUUGAUUUUUGUUGUUAUCGGUAUUGUGAUAUUUGCCAGUAUCGUCGGUUUAGUCUGACGAUGUCAUACGCCCGCUUCACGAUCCCUUCCCGCCAUGGCCGAUCGCGGUCGGGAACUAAUCGGGAACUUCAAUGCGGAUGGAUCUUUCGCCUUCUUGUCCGAACUUGUUUUGUGGCCAAAAAUGCUUUGGCCCCAUCCCAUCUCGUCUCGCACUCGC